AUGUUGGCGGAGCAAGGCAGCCUCCAACCCUCUUCUAAAACCUUCAUCGCGUGCAGUCGGUGCAAGAUUCGCAAGAAGAAAUGCGAUGGUGGCUCGCCGAAGUGCUCCAAUUGCGCCACGCAUAACGCAGAAUGCAUCUAUGCAACCGUGAGAAGGACACGGGGUACAGGCAAAAAGUUUAGGGAAAGCAAUGACGACUUAAACUUAGAGAAUGUUGAUUCUAAAAGACGCCCCGAGGGCGAGGAGCAAGCACAAUUGGUGACGCCAGGGCCUCUCCCUGUACCCAUUAGCAACACCGAGUCUUCAUUCUUCAGGCUUCCCCCAGAUCGCCCAGAUUCCACAUCACGGCUGCCCAUCGUCCCAGACUUUCUACUCCCGGACAAUUUCCGUAAGAAUCUCGCGUCCUCCUUCGCUGAGAUAACGGACGAGCACCAAUUCAUAAGCCUAGAAAGCUUCAUGCAACUCUUCGAGGAACAAUAUGCAGCCAGCACAGAUGAACCGGCUGGGGGGGAUGCUCGAUGGGCGCUUAUGAAUGUUGUUGUCGCGAUGGCGCUACGCUCCAAGACAGCCGUGGGCGGAGAGUCAUCAAUCAGUCCCUUGAUCCAGAGCUUCCACCUGAAUGCGGCAAUGGUAGCGCAGCGGGUCAUCUACCAGGAUCCUAACCUCCUUUCUGUUCAAGCGCUUCUUGCCAUGGCCGUGUUCUCUUGUGGAAUCCCCGAUCCUCAGGCUUUCGGCAUGCUGGUAACUAACGCUUUAUAUCAGCUUGAGAUUUUGGGCCGAAAACAGUUCGGAGGGUUACUUGGAAGCGAGGAGGAUGAAUACUGGCAAGUUAAUCAGGUUUCAAUGAAGUUGAGCGAGGGAAUCGGUCUUAGAAUAUAG